CCCUCUCGCACCAGCGGCUUCUCAGCCUCACUCUGGCCCGCGCCGCGCCCCCGCGCCAAGUCCGCCCGUCAGUCGGUCGGAGAGCGGCUGCGGGGCGGCGGGCUGCGGACAGGCGAGCGCGCCAGCCGGGGGACGAGCUGGUGUCUGCUGGCGUCGGUGAGGAAGGUCGGAGCCCAGAGACUCGCCCAAAACCAUGGCCCCCAUUGGCCUCAAAGCCGUGGUCGGAGAGAAGAUCAUGCAUGAUGUGAUAAAGAAGGUCAAGAAGAAGGGGGAAUGGAAGGUGCUGGUGGUGGACCAGUUAAGCAUGAGGAUGCUCUCCUCCUGCUGCAAGAUGACGGACAUCAUGACUGAGGGCAUAACAAUUGUGGAAGACAUCAACAAGCGCAGAGAGCCGCUCCCCAGCCUGGAGGCCGUGUAUCUCAUCACUCCAUCUGAGAAGUCUGUCCACUCUCUCAUCAGUGAUUUUAAGGACCCACCGACUGCUAAAUAUCGGGCUGCACAUGUGUUCUUCACCGACUCAUGUCCAGAUGCCCUGUUUAAUGAGUUGGUAAAAUCUCGAGCAGCCAAAGUCAUCAAAACGCUGACAGAAAUCAACAUUGCAUUUCUCCCAUAUGAAUCCCAGGUGUAUUCCUUGGACUCUGCUGACUCUUUCCAAAGCUUCUACAGUCCCCACAAGGCGCAGAUGAAGAACCCCAUACUGGAACGUCUGGCAGAGCAGAUUGCAACCUUAUGUGCCACCCUGAAGGAGUACCCAGCUGUGCGGUAUCGAGGGGAAUACAAGGACAAUGCCUUGCUGGCUCAGCUAAUCCAAGACAAGCUCGACGCCUAUAAAGCUGAUGACCCAACAAUGGGGGAGGGCCCGGACAAGGCACGCUCACAGCUCCUGAUCCUGGAUCGCGGCUUUGACCCCAGCUCCCCUGUGCUCCAUGAAUUGACCUUUCAGGCUAUGAGUUAUGAUCUUCUGCCCAUUGAAAAUGACGUUUACAAGUAUGAGACCAGCGGCAUUGGAGAGGCACGAGUGAAGGAGGUGCUUUUGGAUGAGGAUGAUGACCUGUGGAUUGCACUACGCCACAAACACAUCGCAGAGGUGUCCCAGGAAGUCACACGGUCUCUGAAGGACUUUUCUUCUAGCAAGAGAAUGAACACUGGAGAGAAGACCACCAUGCGGGACCUAUCCCAGAUGCUGAAGAAGAUGCCCCAGUACCAGAAGGAGCUCAGCAAGUAUUCAACCCACCUGCAUCUUGCUGAGGACUGUAUGAAGCAUUACCAAGGCACUGUGGAUAAACUCUGCCGAGUGGAGCAGGACCUGGCGAUGGGCACCGAUGCGGAGGGGGAGAAGAUCAAGGACCCCAUGAGGGCCAUUGUCCCUAUCCUGCUGGAUGCGAACGUCAGCACUUAUGACAAAAUCCGUAUCAUCCUUCUCUACAUCUUUCUGAAGAAUGGCAUCACUGAGGAAAACCUGAACAAACUGAUCCAGCAUGCCCAGAUUCCCCCAGAGGACAGUGAGAUCAUUACCAACAUGGCUCAUCUCGGCGUGCCCAUCGUCACAGAUUCCACACUGCGUCGCAGGAGCAAGCCGGAGCGGAAGGAGCGUAUCAGUGAGCAGACCUACCAGCUCUCACGAUGGACCCCGAUUAUUAAGGACAUCAUGGAGGAUACUAUUGAGGACAAACUUGAUACCAAGCACUACCCAUAUAUCUCCACUCGAUCCUCUGCCUCCUUUAGUACCACCGCUGUCAGCGCUCGCUAUGGGCACUGGCACAAGAAUAAGGCCCCGGGGGAGUACCGCAGCGGCCCCCGCCUCAUUAUUUUCAUCCUUGGGGGCGUGAGCCUGAAUGAGAUGCGCUGUGCUUACGAGGUGACCCAAGCCAACGGCAAGUGGGAAGUGCUGAUAG